AUGAACUAUUUACGUGGAAGAGCCGAACGCAAGCGUUCCAGAUUUACUUACUCUGUAUUUGCACAACAGCGGAUCAAAGCAAAUAUGCAACGUGCUGGAAAUAUAGUUGUGCAACGGUUUGAUAGACAAAACGAGGUGUUUGAGGUGCGUGAAAUGCCUAAUGAAAAGGUGUUGGUAGUUGAUCUUGCGCGACAGACGUGUGACUGUGGACACUUUCAGGUGGAACGACUACCAUGUCGACAUGUUAUUGCUUGUUGUGCCAACCAGCGACUCGACUGGCAGCUGUAUGUUCAUGAUGUGUACAUGACGACAGAAGUUCGUAAGGUCUAUAUAUUUGAGUUCGUACCAUUAAGCGAUGCAGAAACAUGGCCUGCUUAUCAGGGACCCGCAUUGGUCGCUAAUCCUGCCUUGAGGCGCACGUUGAAAGGUCGUCCCAAGUCGACCCGAUACCUGAAUGAAAUGGAUUCACGUGACAUGCAUAGUCCUCGGAUAUGCCGUCUAUGUGAUGCUUAG